CUUUGCUCCCAUGGCUUCUUCUCAUGGCUUCUUCUCAUGGCUUCCUCUUGGCUUACAAGCAACACCAGAGAAAACCCACACUCCUCACUCUUCUCUUUAUUCCUCUUUCUUACUGUACUUGGUUGUGAUUUGGAGCAAGACUCAAGGAUGGAAGAUGAUUCCUUGCUCUCAUGGAGGAGUUCUUCUUCAUUCCGCUCUAUUUCACUUCUUUUAUGCCUCCUCCUCCUCCUCUCUCCCAUCGCACCCUGUUCUCUGGUUCGCCAAUGGCUGAGGAUUCUUCGGAGUCUCUGACCUUGGAGUUCACCCCCACAUGGGUGGUGGCUGUUGUCUGCUCCAUCAUCGUUGCAAUCUCGCUCUGCGCCGAGAGGCUCAUACAUUAUCUCGGAAAGUUUUUAAAGCAUAAGAAGCAGAAUGCGCUUUAUGGUGCAUUGCAGAAGAUAAAAGAAGAAUUGAUGCUUCUUGGCUUUAUUUCACUUCUUUUAACUGUCUUUCAAAGUCUGAUCAGCAACAUUUGCAUCGAAGAAAAAAUUGCAGCCAGUAUGCUUCCAUGCAGUCGUGCAAGGAAAGAGAUAGACCAUAGUAAAGGUCACUUUCUUGGACGUACAGGGAAUGGGCGGAGGCUUUUGGCUGAAGGCGGUGGUUUUGAUGUUUGCGCAAAAAAGGGCAAAGCUCCACUACUAUCUCUUGAGGCAUUGCAUCAACUGCACAUCUUUAUCUUUGUUCUUGCGGUUGCUCAUGUUGCAUUCUGUGCCAUAAAUAUGCUUCUAGGAAGAGCAAAGAUCAGAGAAUGGAAGCUCUGGGAAGAUGCAAUUCGUGCUGAAACGCCCAAAGAGAAUGUAAAACUCACUCCACAUCAGCAGGAGUUUGUCAAGGAGCGGGCAGAAGGAAGCUGGCUGAUGUCGUUCUUCAAGCAGUUUCAUUCAUCUGUCAGCAAAUCAGAUUACAAAUCACUACGAGCAGGAUUCAUCCAGACACAUCAUGUGACGCGAGAAACCUUUGAUUUUCACGAAUAUAUACUGCGCACUCUUGAGGAUGACUUCAAGAAAGUUGUUGGUAUAAGCUGGUACCUGUGGCUAUUUGUUGUCAUCUUUCUAUUGCUGAACAUAAAAGGAUGGCACUCAUAUUUCUGGCUAUCAUUCCUGCCUUUGAUUCUUUUACUUCUUGUUGGUGCCAAGCUAGAACAUAUUAUUACUAAAUUGGCUCAACAGAUGAACGAGAGGGCUUCACAUCAGCAACCAAGGAUGAAGCUAUCCAAUGAACAUUUUUGGUUCAAUAGACCAGCCCUUGUCCUUUACUUGAUCCAUUUCAUAUUAUUUCAGAAUGCCUUUGAGCUCGCAGUUUUCUUUUGGAUCUGGAGCACAUAUGGAUUUCAUUCAUGCAUCAUGGAAAGCACAAAGUAUCUAAUUCCUCGACUUGUUGUAGGUGUUCUCAUUCAAGUGCUAUGCAGUUAUAGUACUCUCCCUUUGUAUGCUAUUGUCACCCAAAUGGGUGAGUCAUUCAAACCUGCGAUAUUCACUGAGCGCACACAAACAACUCUGUUCGGCUGGGCUAAAGCUUCAAAGGACCACCGGAGGCCGAAAUGUUUUGAGACAUUGUUGAAGAAGAUUGGUCUCGGAAAGGAGAACCCCGACACAUCUGACGGUGGCACACAGAUGCACAGAAUGGCAUUAGAAGCCGGCGAACCUUCGCAUGAAGCAUGGCAACCAAAUGCUUUGGAUGAGAUAACAAUAGCACAUUCAGAUGUUGCUAAUGCUUCCCUUCAGCCUAGUCCUAUUACUUUGCAAAGAACUUAAAGAUAUACACAUGUACUGUUUCAUGUGUUGUUCCCUCAAAGUUGUGAUUUUUUCUUUUAAAAAAGAAGUAAAAUAGAAUAAAAACACUUGGAAUAAAGUUUUGAUGAUCAUGCCAGUGAUCUGUAUCUCAUGUUUGAUGAUGAUGAUGAUGAUAGUAAAUGAAAUCUUAUGGCUUUCAGCUUUCA